CCCUUAACACCCCAACAAUAACAACACGUGUUGUAGUUUUUUCCAGGACGUUCCACGUAUUAUAAAGAUCAAGAAGCAAGAUAACUCUCUGGAACCACUCUACAACUCUUAUAGCUAUUAAAAGGAGCAGCAAGGCUUGAAUAUCAUCACAAAUAUCUUCAGGAAGAGUAAGAUGGAGGAGGAAGAGGCUGCUCUCAGCUUCAAGGAUCUGGGUAUCAUCGAUGAGCUGUGUGAAGCGUGUUCUCAGCUGGGAUGGAAGGCCCCAACACCUAUCCAAAAAGAAGCUAUUCCUUUGGCAUUAAAAGAUAAAGAUGUCAUUGGUUUGGCAGAAACUGGUUCUGGAAAAACAGGAGCAUUUGGACUUCCUCUGCUUCAGGCUUUAAUAGCUCGACCACAGCGGCUCUUUGCACUUAUUCUCACACCAACUCGAGAAUUGGCCUUCCAGAUUAAGGAACAGUUUGAUGCUUUGGGUAAAGCAAUCGGUGUAACCUGCGUAGUUGUCGUAGGAGGGAUAGAUAUGACUCAGCAGGCAGUGGAGCUGGGAAAACGGCCUCACAUAAUUGUUGCUACACCUGGGCGUCUUGUGGACCACCUCGAAAAGACAAAGGGUUUUAACCUCAAAGCCCUAAAGUACCUGGUAAUGGAUGAGGCAGAUCGCAUCCUUAACUUGGAUUUUGAAGAAGAGGUGGACAAAAUAUUGAAAGUGUUGCCCCGUGAGAGACGCACAAUGCUCUUCUCUGCCACCAUGACCAGCAAGGUAAACAAACUUCAACGAGCACAUCUGAAAGAGCCUGUGAAGGUGGAAGUGUCAUCCAAGUACCAGACCGUGACCAAGUUACAGCAGUAUAUGCUCUUUAUUCCUUGUAAACAUAAACACAUGUAUCUGGCAUACAUCUUAAAUGAAAUUGGAAACCAGGCUGUUAUUGUCUUUUGUGCCACUCAGCAGUCAACCCUCAAAACUGCACUAAUGCUGCGAAACCUUGGAUUCACUGCUAUUCCAUUGUAUGGCAAAAUGUCACAGAACAAACGUCUGGGAGCACUAAAUAAGUUCAAAGUAAAAGAAAGAUCUAUUCUUCUUGCAACAGAUGUGGCCUCAAGAGGCCUGGACAUACCUUCUGUGGACUACGUAAUCAAUUUUGACGUUCCAAUGCACAGCAAAGACUACAUUCACAGAGUUGGGAGAACUGCUCGUGCAGGAAAAUCUGGCAUUGCUAUUACCUUUGUAUCACAGUAUGAAGUAGAAGUGUAUCAGAGAAUUGAGCAGCUCCUUGGCACAAAGUUAGAUGUAUAUCCUACUGUGAAGGAAGAGGCUCUGGUCCUAGAGGAAAGAAUUGCAGAAGCAGAAAGAUUUGCCAAAAUGGAAAUGUCUCGGCUGGAUGUGAAAAGUGGCAAGAAGGGCAAAAAGCGAGAACUCAUGGACGAUGACACUGAAGAAAGCCUGGGUGUUCGAAAGCGUAUCAAAAGCAAGAAGAAGGACAAGAAAUUCAGGAAGUAACGCAUCUUGCAAUUUUGUAUACUGUGUAAUUAAAAAUCCUGCAAUUUAAACAGUUGAAUGCCACAGAGUUCUGCUGAUAAAAAGUUCUACUUUUAUUAAUUGCUUAUGUAAUGCAAAAUGUAUUAUUGUACAGGUACCAUCCGACUUACGACCAAGUUCGGUUCCGAGAAACCAGUCGUAAGUCGAAAUGGACGUAAGUUGAACCUUACUACUGAAUAUUAACAUCACAUUUUGUAAUGACUUUAUUUUAUUGUUUUAUUUUGGUAUUUCAUUUUUUACUUUACUUUUUAUGCUGUUAGUACUGUAUUUUAUAUUGUAAGGAUUUAGGAUAAACACUGUGUACAACACAAACACUUUUUUAUUUCCCAGAAACUUGGCAUAGAAAACAAGGUCGUAAGUCAGAUGGUAGGUGUAGUUGGGUACAUGCCAAUAUAAUGAACUGUUAAAUUUACUUCAUUUUGUAAUUAAGUUGUUAAUAAAAAUUAAUAAAAAUGCUAUAAUAAAAUCUUA